GUAGAGAUACAAAAAUACAGAUGGCAAUAAUUGAUAAGGGAAAUGACAAAUCCUUUCCACAGAAAUUAUAUAGUACCCACUCAAAUUGAAGUGUCGUUGAAAGUUCUUUAGUUAAUCCUAUGCGCUAAUUGUAGAUAUAAACUAUAUCAAGUAUAAAAGACGUACGAUUUCCUAGAUUUAUUGAGAUAGCUAAAAUGGACGGUAAACUCUACAUCGCCAUAUUUCUUGUUAUCUGCCUGGCGUGGGAUGUACAUGCACAAGUGAACUGCACGUCAACUGGCGCAGGUCGUUUUGCGGAUACAAAUGACGCAACUUGUAAGAACUACACUCUCUGCGUCGCGGUGAACCUCACCACUGGACAGUAUUUGUCCUACAACUACGUCUGCCCAACCACAUCGCUGUUCAACCCCGCAGCGUCGCAGUGCACAACUAAUUACGUUUGCAACGCCACCACCACCACCACCAACACAACCACAUCAACAAUAUGCACGGCGGAAGGCUUUACGCAGGAUCCCACUUCAACAAACUGUUCAAGUUACAUACAGUGUCUGUUAGAUAAUGGAACUUUUGUAGAAUUUCCUAUAACAUGUCCCGAUGGUUCAUUUUAUAACCCGAAUUCUACUUUAUGUGAAACAAGCUAUGUUUGUGGAUUUACUUGUACGGCCGCUGGCCGAUUUGCAGAUCCCUCGGUCACGACUUGUAGGAACUAUUACCUUUGUGUAUUAGCAACCAACGGGACGUACGCGGAGUACUUGUACACUUGUCCGUCAACGUCGGUGUUCAAUCCUAAUACGCGUGUUUGUACAACAACUUAUACGUGUCCAACAUGAUUGAUAAAUUGAUGAAUGGAAUUGUUUUAAUUUGUCAAUAUUUAUAUCUAUAAAAAUAUAAUGUUAUUUUUUCUUUCGGAAAUAAAAUAUUGAGCAUGA